AUGGCGACGGGGGCAGGCUGGCAGCCUCCGUACAGCACCUCGACUAGCAGCUCCAAAUACUCCCCCUCUCCCACAGCCAGCAUGUUUUACGACGGGAGUUUGACGCUGGAUUACACGCAGGACCUGCAUCUGAAGAUGAGCAAGAAGAUAGCCCAGCUGACCAAGGUGAUCUACGCGCUGAACACCAAGAACGACGAGCACGAGGAGGAAAUCGAGUCUCUGAAAGAUGCCCACGAGGACGAGGUGCAACACAUAGUGACAGAAACCAGAGAUAAGAUCAUGCAGUACAAGAGCAAGAUGGUGGACGAGGCCGACCUGAGGCGGCGACUCGCCAGUCUGGAGGAAUCUGUGGAUCUGCACGAACACAUGAAGAGACAGGCGUUAGCAGAGUUUGAGAUGUACCGACAGAGGAUGGAGGACUCACAGCUCUGCACUGAAGCCCAGCACACACAGAGAGUGGUCUCUAUGAGCAGAGAGGUGGAGGAGAUGCGUCGGGAUUUUGAGGAGAAGCUGCGGGCGUUCAGCCAGGCUCAGGCGCAGUUUGAGGCGGAGAAACGGCGAGCGCUGGAGGAUCUGAGAGCCACGCACCGCCAGGAGGUGGAGGAGCUCCUGAACAACCAGCAGAACCAGAGCGCCUCCUCCACAGAGGACCAGGAGAGGCUGGCCGAGCUGCACAGACAAGAGGUGGAGGCGCUGAUGGAGCGGGUGGAGGAGAUCACGAAGGACAAGGUGCGUCUGGUGGAGGAGUUUGAGGGGAAGCUGGGCAAAGCUCAGGAGUAUUAUGAGCGGGAGCUGGAGGCCAUGAGGAGGACGCACCAGCUGACCACGGAGAACCUGCUGGCCUGGAAGAGGACCGAGGUGGAGCUGCGUAAGGAGUUCCAGGCUCAGGAGACGUCGCUGCAGCGCUCUCUGGGGAAACUGAGGAGCGAGCUGCAGAAAGCUCAGGAGGAGGCGAGGGAGAACCGGGACCGAACCAACCGCCUGCAGACAUCACUGGCCAACGCAGAGGGGACCAUCAAGAACCUGCACAAGCAGCUGGAGGAGGCGGUGCAGGACGGGGAGAUCUGGGUGAUGCAGCUGAAGGACACGGAGUACGAGCUGGAGGGAAGCAGAGAGAGAGUCCAGCAGCAGGCCACGGAGAUCCUGCACAAAGCCAGUCAGAUCGGCUCGCUGCAGGCCACCCAGAUGUCCCACGAGGCGACCAUCAGGAGCCUGGACCAGGAGCAGAGCCGGCUGAAGGAGAAGCUGUGCCGGCUGGAGGAGGAGCGCGAGGCGGUGCUGAACCAGAGCCAGAACUGCAGCGAGCAGCACAAACAGACCGUGGUGCGGCUGGAGCAGUCUCUGCGUGAGGAGCACCAGGGCUACGAGAAGGAGCUGUGCCAGCUGCGCUCGCACUACGAGGAGGAGAUGCAUCGCUUCAAGGAGGCGCAGGUCCGAGCGCUGGAGGAGCUGGAGGGGAAGCACCAGGCCCUGAGGGAGGAGGCUCAGCAGGAGAAGGAGGAGGAGAGGAAGAUACACAUGGCCAAAAUGUGUCAGGAGUUUGAGAUCAAGCGUAUGUCGUUGGAGGAGCAGAGAGAUCGCCUCCAGCAGCAGCUCGACAACCUGAAGGAGGAGCUGUCGGCCAAACUCAACAUGGCCAAUCAGGAGGUGUCCCACCUGCAGGAGCUGGUGAGGGAGGGGCAGCAGAACAUGAACUCGGCUCAGACUCAGAUCAGCUGUCUGAGGGAAACUCAAGACAAACUGAGGAUCGAGCUGGACGCCACGAGGGCGAGGGUCCGAGAGACCAGCAACCUGCUGACAGACCUGCAGGAGGAGAUCGAGACCCAGCGGCAGCAGCACGACGCCAGAGUGAUGUCCAUCCGAACAGAAGAGAAACAGAAGAUGGACAAGAUGGCAGACGACUUGGACCAGAAGUGGAGAAAUGCACUGCGGGAGGAGGUGCAUCUGUUGAAGGAGGAGCUGACGGAGGAGUAUGAAGCUGACAAACAGGGGGCGAUGACUCAGGUCUCGCAGCAGAAAGAUCUGGAGAUGAUGGCGUCCAGAGAAGGCUGGCAGAGGAAGGUGGAGGACCUGCUGGAACAGAUCUCUCUGCUGAAGCAGUCUCUGGAGCUGCAGCUGUCUCAGUCUCAGUCCUCUCUGCAGCAGCUGCAGUCUCAGUUCAACCAGGAGAGGGAGCUGCUGAGCCAGCAGCUCAAAGAGAUGCAGAGAGAGCAUCAGAGGAGAGAGCAUCGACUUCAGGAGGCUCACUGCUGCGCACUGAGCACCAUGGAGGAGGCCCGGCAACACCAGUUCAGGACCCUGGAGGAGCGUCUGAAGCAGGAGCAGAGGGAGGAGGUGCACGCUCUGAAGGAGGCGCACCGGAGGACCCUAGACAUCCUGAGGCAGCAGUCGGACCAGGAGCUGCAGACGCUGCGCUUUGAGCUGGAGGACGAGGGCAAAGCCAAGCUGGCGUCUCUUCGUGCCGAGCUGAACCACCUCCACGCUGCGUCCAUAGAGCAUCUGAAGCAGAUCCACCUUAAAGAAAACUCUUCUGCCAAACGAGAGCUGGAGAAGGCACUGGAGCACAGCCAGCAGCAGGAACAGGAGCUGAUCGUUCGCAUCUCAGACAUGCAGGCGGAGCUGUGUUCCCGUAGCAACCGCAUCACGGACCUGGACCACGAGAUCCACUCUCUGAACGAGACCAUCAGCACUCUGACCCGAGAGCUGGAGAUAAAGGGCAAAGAGGUGCUGAGGGUCCGGAGCGAGGCCAACCAUCAGAUCAGGGCUCAUGAACAAGACCUUUCAAGGAGACAUGAGAGGGAUCUGGGGGAGAUCAGUAUAGUUCAUCACAGAGAAACACAGAUCAUCCUGGCUGACUUCAACAAGGCCCAGGAGGUCCUCAAAGACAAGAUCACUGCGCUGCAAUUCCUGUUGGAGGGGACAGAGGACAAGUUGAGACACAGAGAAAGCCGACCAGAAGACCUGCAUGUUAUCGCAGAUCUCAGAGAGAUGGUCACAGAGAGAGAAGGUCUGGUGAAGAAGCUGGUGGACGACAAGAAGUUCUACCAGCUGGAGUUGGUCAACAGGGAGACGGGCUUCAACAAGGUGUUCAACUCCAGUGCCAACGUAGGUGUAAUCAACCCUCUCAUCAAGCUCCCUCCUCUUCCUCCUCCUUAUCUUCAUCCUCCACUUCAUCCCAUGUCAAGCCUUGCUCUUCCUCAUGCUCCUCAUCCUCAGGAAGCCCUGGUACAGCAGAGCGUUAGGAGCCUUCCUGAACCCAACGCCACAACCCCACCCGACCCAUCGGGGGUGGAGGCGGGAAAAAGCCUCGAGUGCGUAGUAAAAGAUGAGGACCUGUACUCGCAGUACUUCACUUUCUGACUGUCAAAAAAAAAUCGGUCAAAAGAAAUGAUGGUAAUGGGACAGAGAGCUAAAGUUGAAACUGUAGGUUUUGAAAGUCAUUUGGACGACAUUAAUAUAUCAAACGUCCAUCAUGUGCAGGACUGAGUGUGUGCUUCAGUGUGAUUGCAACCUUAGGGCUUUCAUACAUGGUGCGCAUUAUGAGUGCCCGAUCAUGAAAGUGUGCAUGGUAGCAUUCAUUAACACUUUUAUACCGUCUGCAACAUGUGACAUUUGUACGAGCUUUAAGUUGUGAGAGCCUAACCCUAAGACCCUUCAAAGUAUCCCACAUACCUUUUAAUGUAAUGAGGCGAUUAGACGCAUAUUUAAAUCAUGACUUAGUUAUUUCAUGUUAUAUAUGGAUAAGUGGAAGGGAAAUAAAUUGUCAUAACUGAUAGAAACAACUGCCUUUAAACAUUCUCCAUGAAAUAAUUAUCCCUUAUGAUAUUUGAAACAGAAACUGGGUACUUAAGCUCAUACAAAAAGGUCACAAACUGUCGCAGCGAGUAUAAAGUGUGACACUAGUAACUGUAGAUUAAGAGGAAAUGUUUUCACCUUCAUAUAAGAUUUUUUUUUUGUACAUCAACAUGUGUCUUACACGCUGUGAUCUGACUGGAGGUUCAGCCAGGAGAACGUCUUUUGCCUUGAUACUCGCCUUUAGUCAUUCAUGCUGUCUCCCCAUGUGAAAAUGCACACAUUCAAACAUGUGUUUGUGAAAAAGGGACAAACCCUGCUGUUGAUUCGGGUGUUUUUUUUACCUAAAUGAUCUACAGUCCUCCACAAUGACGACACCAGCAAAAUAAAAAGCCUAACUUUAGCUUCCUGUCCCAGUACCCAGAAAGUCAUUUUCAAAUAGGGGGGCUUGAUUACCACACCUCUGGAGGGGGAACAUGGAGAGGAAGGGAAUCAAGCACCCCUCAUAUUUUUGUUAUUGCAAUAUGUGUAACAUGCUACUGUUUUUCUAUGGUCUGUAUGUGGUGGACCAGAGGUGUGCAGAAAGAGAGUUCUGUCAGCGACAUGUUGAACGUUUUUUAAUGCCAAGGAGUGUUUAAUCAGACACUUUAUUUUCAUUGCAAGCUAUGUGUUCAUGUCGCUGCCUGAAGCCUCCUGCUGCGCCUCUCUGCAGGACACAGACCUUAGAGCAUGUGGAAACAGAAACACUAUCAUGAUGAUGCUGCUGUCACUCACUUGAAAUCCUCACAC